ACCUUUCAUUUGGGACAGACAGAGGAAGAGUGGGUAUCUCUCUCUCUCUCUUUCUCUUCCCCAUUCCCUUCUGCUGUCUACCUUUUCUCUCUCUCUCUCUCCUGCACUGGACUUAACAAAUCACUCCAUCACCCCUUAUCGUCCCCAGUGAUAUUGGGCAAACCUAAAAAUGCAUUGGACCCAGACUAUCGCCCUGUUUACAUUUUUUGCCUGUCUGGUCGUUUCAGAGGGUCAGCCUCAGCCUGGUUACUGUGUGCUUUAUGAGGAGUGUGGUAAAAACCCCUCAAUAGAGGGUUCCCUGAUUCCAGCCAUAGUUCCAUGCAAGAACUAUCACCAGGCCCGCGUAGUAACCGGAGAACACUAUGCAUCUUUGAGAUCAGUCUGCCCAAUGCUGGAUGAAGGGGAGGGAAACACCCGUGCCUGCUGCUCCCCGUCGCAGCUGCGGUCACUGGAGAAGAGCCUGACACUCUCCAGAGCUGUGCUGAACCGUUGUCCGUCCUGUGCGGAAAAUUUCGGCCACAUGCACUGCGCCACCACUUGCAGCCCUAACCAGAGCCAGAUCAUCAACAUCACCCGCACCGCAGAAGUCAACAUUACGUUAGGCAACCUUACCUUCACAAGGGAAGCUGUGCUGGGGUACCGGGCCUACAUUAACACCCACUUCUCCGAUAAAGCUUUCCAGUCGUGCAAGAACGUGCGUAUCCCGGCAACAGGCGGUUAUGCCAUCGAUACCAUGUGCGGCCGUUACGGUGCCAAACUGUGCACUCCGCAGCGCUGGUACGACUUCCAAGGUGACUCCAGUAAUGGCCUAGCGCCAUUUGACAUCGACUUCCAGCUCCUUUCUGACAGCCAAGCAGCAGAGCUACCUGAGGGUGUGAUCCCUUACAAUGGAACGGCACUCAGCUGUAACGACACCACAAGCACAGGUGGCGAAGCCUGCUCUUGCCAGGACUGUGAAGAAGCCUGCCCUGUUGUGCCAACCCCAGUUCCUGAACCGGGCCCCUUUAUGAUAGGCGAACUGGAUGGAGUCCUGGUGAUCUGCAUCAUCGUCUGCAUAGUACUCUUCCUCAUCUUUAUCUCUCUUAUUAUCUUAUCUUGGCACUUGAAGACCAAAAAAAGCCCUACAAAGGCAGGAGGAUUAAACUACAAGGAUCAAAACAGCAACACUGUGGAGUUGCACCAAGAGGUGAACCCCAAAGAUGUGACUUGCACUGACAAGGCAAGCUUGGCCACACAGGAGUUCCUGGGGUCUCUCUUUGAGGUCUGGGGCACAAUAAUGGCCAGGCACCCUCUGAAGGUCAUUUUAGUGUCUCUACUGGUUGUACUGGUGUUUGCUGUUGGGCUGAUGCACAUCGAGUUAACCACCGAUCCUGUCCAGCUGUGGUCGGCUCCAAACAGCCGUGCUCGGCGAGAGAAGGAUUUCCACGACUUGCACUUCGAUCCGUUUUAUCGUACCAAUCAGCUGAUCCUAACAGCACCGGGUCGUCCAGGCCACCACUACGACUCGCUCCUCUUUGGACCGCAUAACUUCAGUGGCAUCAUCUCUAAAGAUCUGAUACUGGAAGUGCUCGAGCUCCAGAGGAGAAUUCAGGCCAUUGAAUUCUGGUCAGAUGAACUGAAUCGUACCGCCAGCCUCAAGGAUGUCUGCUUUGCUCCACUGAAUCCCAACAAUCCCUCUUUGAGUGACUGUGCAGUGAACAGCUUACCACAGUACUUUCAGAACAGCAUUGAAAACCUGGAUGCUGUUGCCAACAUGACUGAACUCGGUGUUACCAAAGAAGUAGACUGGAGGGACCAUUUCAUCUACUGCGUCAAUUCUCCACUAUCCUUUCAGGACAUCACAGCUCUGGGUAUGAGUUGUAUGGCAGAUUACGGAGGGCCAGUCUUCCCCUAUCUUGCCGUUGGUGGAUAUGAGAAUGAGGACUACACCAGUGCAGAGGCUCUUAUUGUGACAUUCUCCCUGAAUAACUAUGCCAGAGAUAACAUCAAGUUCAAAGUGGUGCAGCAAUGGGAGAGCAAGUUCCUGGAGAUAGUGCAGGAAUACCAAAGAAACCCCAAAACCAACUUCACGUUUGCUUAUAUGGCCGAGAGGUCAUUAGAGGAUGAGAUUAACAGGACAACAGCAGAGGACAUCCCAAUCUUCAUGAUCAGCUAUGCCGUCAUUUUUGUUUACAUUGCCUUGGCUUUGGGGGAGUACAGCUCCUUCAAACGGAUACUGGUGGACUCUAAGAUGCUACUGGGUUUGGGUGGCAUCCUAGUUGUAGGGUGUUCGGUAUUGGCUUCCAUGGGGUUCUAUGCCUGGGUUGGAAUCCCCUCUUCAUUGGUCAUUCUACAAGUCGUGCCCUUCCUCGUGCUGGCGGUCGGAGCCGACAACAUCUUCAUCUUUGUCCUGGAAUAUCAGAGGGACAUACGGAAGCCUGGAGAGAAAAGGGAAGCGCAGAUUGGUCGCGUCCUUGGAAACGUAGCUCCGAGCAUGCUCCUUUGCAGCUUGUCAGAGUCUGUCUGCUUCUUCUUGGGGGCUUUGAGCACUAUGCCUGCGGUGAAGUCCUUCGCUCUCUACGCAGCACUGGCUGUGCUGAUGGACUUCAUUCUCCAGAUUACGGCCUUUGUCGCCCUGCUUUCCCUGGACGCAAGGCGUCAGGACAGCAACAGAUGUGACCUGGUGUGCUGCUUCAGUGUGAAAACACAGCGUCCUUCCAAACCGAGUGAGGGCGUUCUCCGACCCUUCAUGAAGCGAGUUUACGCCCCUGUUCUUCUCCACCCUGUCACCAGGGUCGUUGUGAUGCUGCUGUUUAUUUUUAUGUUCUGUUCCUCCAUUUUUCUGCUGUUCCAUGUCAAAGUGGGAUUGGACCAGGAGCUUGCUAUGCCGAAGGAUUCUUACAUGUUGGACUACUUCCAGUACCUGUACAAGUAUUUCGAGGUCGGCGUACCAACAUACUUCGUCACAACCAAGGGUUUUAACUUCACCAGCGUGAAUGGCACAAACGCAGUGUGUUCCAGCGUGGGCUGUGACCAAUUUUCUCUCACGCAGAUGAUCAGAUAUGCCACUGAGUACCCAGAAAGGUCUUAUCUGGCAAUCCCAGCAUCCUCUUGGAUAGAUGACUUCAUCGACUGGCUUAACCCUGGAUCCAAGUGUUGUCGGCUCUACCAAGUCGGUUCAAACGCGGGACAAUUCUGUCCAGCCAAUGAAACUAGCCCUAUAUGCUGGAAGAAGUGUAUGGCCACGCCUGCUAAUGGAGUGCUGAGGCCCACUGUCGAAGAGUUCAGCGAAUUCCUGCCUAGCUUCCUCACCAACCGGCCCGAUCUGCAGUGUCCCAAAGGUGGUUUAGGAGCGUAUGACAAAGCCGUGGUGAUGGACAACAACACAGGAGAGAUCAUAGCAUCUCGGUUCAUGGCCUACCACACUCCUCUGGUCAACUCUCAGGAGUUCACAGGAGCCCUGCAGAGAGCUCGCGAGCUUGCCGACAAAAUCACCCGAAACAUGCGAGAAAUCCCAGGCACCUCUCCAGACUUCGAAGUCUUCCCUUACACCGUGACGUAUGUGUUUUACGAGCAGUAUUUGACUAUUGUGAACGAGGGCCUUUUCAACAUCUGUAUGUGUCUGCUGCCAACCUUCGUCGUGUGCUGCAUUCUCCUGGGCAUGGAUCUGCGCUCCGGGCUGCUUAACCUGUUGACCAUCGUGAUGAUCACCGUGGAUACGGUGGGCGUCAUGACUCUGUGGGGAAUCGACUACAACGCCGUGUCUCUCAUCAACCUCGUGACGGCUGUGGGAAUAUCAGUAGAAUUUGUGUCCCAUACGACACGUGCCUUCGCUCUCAGUACGUUACCCACGCACGUGGAGCGAGCCAAAGAAGCCACUAUUAACAUGGGCAGCGCGGUGUUUGCCGGCGUUGCCAUGACGAACCUGCCAGGUAUCGUGGUGCUGGCGUUCGCUAAAGCCCAGCUCAUCCAGAUUUUCUUCUUCAGACUUAAUCUGGUCAUCACACUGCUGGGUAUGGCCCAUGGACUCAUCUUCCUGCCGGUGUUGCUUAGCUUCUUUGGACCUGGAGUGAACAAAGCUGUGUUGUUGGAGAUGCAGAAAAAGAAAGCUCUGGAGAUGGAGCAGCACAAACCGACGCACUACGAGAACGCGGGCUUUGAGGACAACGAACGAAGCUCAAAAGAGGAGGACAACACCUCAGACCGUGUCAGGACUGAUUCUUUGUGAGGAGAAAAACAACAACAACAACAACGACGACAACAACAACAAAAAAAAAAACAAAACCAAAACAAACAAACGAAAAAAAACAAAACUUUUUUCUUCAUCCUCUCUCUCAUCGUCUCUGAGCUCAUAUACCUCCACAAAUUCGUCAACUCAGGGGCCUUGAGAUAGGAGUGAAGAGGAAAUAUUAUGUUUAAGGACUGUGGAGCUUUUGGACACUUUGUGUACGUGGGUUGUACUUUGGUUUGGGAGAGACACACUAAGAUUAUACAGAUUUAACUUUCGCUGUUAUAUUAACACAGUAUAAUAAUGAAUGUUGAGCAUAGCAUUUUUUGACUGUGUAUUUACAUAUAAAAAAAGAACAAUCAAGACAAAAAUGAUGUUAACCCACAAAACAACAGCAACGACAACUUAUGGGGACAGUCUGUGCACAUCAAGAAAUCUUAGAGUCACUUCUGUGGUGCGGGAGAUCUCGAGAACUUCUCUUUCGAUUGUACAGCUUGAUUUCACAGCUUGUAGUUCAUCCAUCCGCCACCAGGAGUCACUGUUGCCUCUCAACGCUCAGCGGGCACUUUGACAAAAGUUGCUUGUAAUACUCUGGAUAUUCUAUUCUUUAUCAGUAGCGGGUGUGAGCAGUUGUGAAUGGUGAUAUGUUCAAGGUUGCGAUAUGUUCAAAGAGCAUUCAUAAAAGAGAACGAUAUCGCGGAAACACGGCCCGUUCCUGAAAAAGACUGACAGCAAGGUUUGCACUGGACACUCUCCGACCCUCACCGAUGUCAUUGUCAGUGAAUGUUAAUCUUGCCUCUCCGUUAGUGGUGUUUCUCUCGUUUGAUUUUUGGAACAUACCGGGGAGGUGAAACCUUAUAAACAAUGCAACAGGAAUAAAUAUAGAAUUAUUUAAUUUUUUUUAUAAAAUCGUGUCAUGUUAUUGUUUAAAACAUUGUGUGUAUUUCGGUCCAUUGUUUUUCUGGGUUUUUUUUGUUUGUUUGUUUUUUUGCACAUUUGACGCGACGUUGCCUGGGUAAGGCAACGGUUAUUUAGACCUCUAUCAUUGCAUGCCAGUUUUAGGAAUGUAUCUAGAACACUCCAGUGAAAAGCAUUAAUUAUACUGGUUGACCAGAUUUACAAUGUUCUGUGAAUGUCUCCAUGUGUGCAUAAUCAAUGCAGUAAUAUUAAAUAUACCAAUUCUUCAUUUUUUAAA